GUGUAGGAAUGCUCAGUCCUUUUCACACCAACAAAGAAGAGAGAAGAAAGAAGAAAGAAGAAAGAAGAAAGAAGAAAGAAGAAAGAAAGUCAAGUAUUUCACCCGCAAAAAGAGAAGAAAAUGAAAAAUAAAUGGCUAAGGCGUUACCCAGGAAAGGACAAAGGAGUGUAAAGGCAUCAUCAAUCUCCACUAUGGCAGUAUAUAUCGUUCGUCAGCCACAAGCUUCCACGUCUGGUCAAUUCCCUGACAUGCCCCCUAUCUUCCAUCUUCAUUCCUUUCAAUUACCCUGUUAAUUGCUUCAGUACUCCCAUGGCUGCCUUCAGCUUCAUUGUGGGCAUCAUCGGCAAUAUAAUCUCCAUACUAGUUUUCGCUUCUCCUAUAAAAACGUUCUGGGGAGUGGUGAAGAAGAAAUCAACAGAGGAUUACAAAGCGCUUCCUUAUAUAACCACGCUGCUGAGCACAAGCUUGUGGACUUUCUAUGGGCUUCUCAAGCCAGGAGGCCUGCUCGUCGUCACCGUCAACAGCACUGGAACUGUUUUCCAGUUCAUCUAUGUCACUCUGUUUCUCAUCUAUGCUCCCAAUAACAAAAAGGUAAAGUUGAUGAAGCUGGUGGGCUUGUUAGAUGUUGGCUUCCUUGGUUUAGUAAUUGCAAUCACUCUGUUAGCAUUCCAUGGAGACAUGAGACUCACUUUCUCUGGGGUAAUUUGUUCAGCACUCAACAUUGGCAUGUAUGCCGCACCCUUAGCAGUCAUGAGAACAGUGAUGAAGACAGAGAGUGUAGAGUUCAUGCCAUUUGCCCUUUCAUUUUUCUUGUUCCUCAACGCCAGCUCUUGGUCUAUCUACGCCGUGCUUGUCAAAGACUACUACAUUGGAGUGCCAAGUGGAAUUGGGCUUGUGUUGGGUUCUUUCCAACUACUGAUCUAUGCAAUCUACAAGAACAAGUCAGAGUCUCCAAUCUCAACUGAGAAGAUGGUGGAGGUCCUGGAGGAAGAAGGCUCAGCCCACCUGGUUAGAGGAGCAGUGGAAAUGCAGGCCUUCGACAACGACGACGCUGCCAAAACGAAAACCCAAAACCUCCGCAAGGGGUGGAGCCUCCCGAAGCCAACCGUGCUGCGGCAGCAGAGCUUGCAGAAGAUCAUGAAGACAUUUUCACUGAAUCAAUAUGAGUUGCACCAUGGUUGGCCCAAUGAGAAUUGAACUGAGAAUGUAAACAAUGGCCACCUGGUGAUCAAGAGAGUUAGUCUUGGAUGGAACUCCAAGUGCGUUAUAUUCCUAUUUAAUUUCUAUGUGUUCUGUGUGUAUUUUUUUUUUUUUAAAUGUUGAAGACAAUGUAGAAAAUUUAAUUCUCUAUUUUGUAUAAGUAUCUAACAUGAUUAUACACGAGUUUAUAAAUAUGACAUAAAAA